UAAAAUAGGUAGCCACCUGAAGUCUAAACCUCAACGAGAAAGGGAGACGCACACAUACACACACAGAUUGAGAAAGUAAGCAGUUGUUAUUUGCGCAAUGGCAAUGGCAGGAGUAGGUGUAGGCUCAACCUCAACGACGUCGUUGCCGGAGGAGGAGAUAACACUGACAGUGAAGUGGAGCGGGAAGGAGUAUACGGUUCGCGUAUGCGGGGACGACACGGUGGGCGAGCUCAAGCGCCGAAUCUGCCAAGCCACCGACGUCUUGCCCAAACGUCAAAAGCUUCUCUACCCAAAAAUCCUCCCUUCAAAGCUCGCCGACGACGCCGUUUUGCUCUCCUCUCUCCCCUUCAAGUCCUCCCUCAGAAUGACCAUGAUUGGUACUACGGAAGAUGACAUUAUAGUGGAUCAAGUGGAGUCUCCAGACAUUGUUGAUGAUUUUGAGCUUCCCCAAGAUGAGGCUGUUGAAAUUAAAGAUAAACAUGGCAAUAAGCAGAAGUUGAGGAGGCGUAUAAGUCAGUACAAGAUUGAACUUCGGAAUCCAUGCCGGGAAGGAAAGAAACUGCUUGUGCUAGAUAUUGAUUAUACUCUAUUUGAUCACCGGUCCCCAGCAGAGAACCCACUUCAGCUUAUGCGGCCUUUUCUUCAUGAGUUUCUUGCAGCUGCCUAUGCUGAAUACGAUAUCAUGAUAUGGUCUGCAACCAGCAUGAAGUGGGUUGAAUUGAAGAUGGCUGAGCUUGGUGUACUCAGCAAUCCCAACUACAAAAUCACAGCUCUUCUAGACCAUUUAGCAAUGAUCACAGUUCAAUCAGAUUCCCGUGGGAUCUUUGAUUGCAAGCCGUUAGGCUUGAUCUGGGCUCAAUUCCCUGAGUUCUACAGUUCAAAAAACACUAUAAUGUUUGAUGAUCUGCGAAGGAAUUUUGUGAUGAACCCACAAAAUGGUUUAACCAUCAAGCCAUUCAAGAGGGCUCAUUCUAGCCGAGACAGUGAUCAGGAGCUUAGGAAACUCACAACAUACUUGCUUGCCAUUGCGGAACUUGAUGACCUGAGCACCCUUGAUCAUAAUAACUGGCAGUCAUUUAGUGAGGACAAUGUCAAAAGACGUCGGCAUCAAUGAUCUUUAGAGGGUUGCCAGUAUUUGCUUCCUCUCCUCAGUGAUGAGCUAAGUAACUUGAACCCUUUCAUGGGAUCAUAUGUAACUGAUACUCACAGUUUCCAGAUUUGUAUAAAUAUCUUCUUAAAUGUUAGAGCAUAUAGUUUGUGCUUGAAGGGCACUGUGUUUAAUAUUUAAACCUAUAUUUCAUCCACCUAGGUUUUAUGUUA